UGCCUUUCCUUAAAUUUGCGCCGAGUUUGCAGCAGGCCCUGGCUAGAAAUGUUAAGAUGCAGAGCAAGAUUGCGCAUUUGAAAGGAAUUUGGAGCUCGGGGUAGCUAAAAGAAAUUAAAGGAGAAGUUGGGGUAAAGAGGGCAGAAAUCGUGCGACGAGAGGGCGAGAGAAACAAAAAUCCCAUGAUGGGUCGCUCGCAAAUCAUUCCACGUCGCUUUGUUUUAAAAGCUGAACGUCAAUUCGUCAGUCCAGGUUUUAUUUCCUCCAGGAAGUGUUUGAAUAGUGAUCAUUAUUCCGGAGAACCGGGGGGGCGGUCUGUGUAAAGACAUGGCCGUAUUUAUAAACAGCACUGGCUGCAAAACGCGAGGAGAGAGUCCUGAGUUCGUGUAGAGAUUGGCACAGUCAGAUCCCAAACGGAAGAGGUGGACAGAAGACCCUUGGGAGCCAAUGAUGGGCUUCGGUAGCACAAGCCCAGAAGACCAGGCUGUAGAGACACAGAUAAGCAGCAAGUCUUCCACCAUAGACCUUAACCUGAAGGCAUGCCAUGCUGAAGACAUCUUGCAAAAUCUGAACACUUUUCGUAAGAGCAGGCUAUUCACUGAUGUUGUGCUUCGUGUUGACGGUGAAGAGUUCCAUUGCCAUCGAGCCACUCUAUCUGCCAGCAGCAUCUACUUCAGGACAAUGUUCAGCCCCAAUUUCCAGGAGAGCCAACGGGACACUGUCGACAUCAAAGGGGUCUCAGCUGACACCAUGGAUUGUGUGAUAGACUAUAUGUACGGAAGAAGGGGGAUCAUUCGAGAAGACAACGUUCAGAGUCUGCUGGAAGCCUCUGACCUCUUCCAAGUCUCCAUGCUCCGACAAGGCUGUGUGGAGUUCUUGGAGAAUCAGCUGGAUCCUUGCAACUGCCUUGGCUUCUUGAACUUUGCCAACCUCUUUGCCAUUCCCGGCUUGUCUGAGAAAAGCAAACAGUUCCUGCUGGAACGUUUUGCAGAAGUUAUCCAGCAUGAAGAAUUUUUGCUACUACCCAAGGAAUUCCUGUGCGAUCAGCUGUCCAGUGACCUCCUAGCUAUUCCAAAGGAAGAGACUGUCUUUGAAGCUGUGAUGCAGUGGGUUCGUCAUGACCUGCCCAGUAGAAAACAUGCACUGAAAGAGCUUUUGGAGCACGUUCGAAUUCCCUUACUGGAUCGGAUAUAUUUUGUUGAGAAAGUCGAAACGGAUGAACUGAUCCUGAGCUCGAAGGAGUGUUUACCUUUGCUGCAAGAGGCAAGGAGGUUCCACGUCUUUGGUAAUGAGAUAACAUCUCCGAGGACAAGACCGCGGAGGUUUGCGAAUGUUGCGGAGGUGAUCGUCAUGCUGGGAGGCUGUGACAGGAAGGGUCAUGCAAUGCUGCCACAUACCGAGCUGUACAACCCGGGGACGGGUGAAUGGUCAGCACUGGCCAAGAUCCCCGACUACUCCAAGUCGGAAUAUGCUGUGUGCUCCUUCAGGAAUGAUAUCUUCCUCUCAGGUGGGAACCUGUACAGUAAUGAUGUGUGGAUGUAUAGCUGUCAGCUCAACAUCUGGGUCAGAGUGGCUUCUUUAAAUAAAGGAAGAUGGAGGCACAGGAUGGUGGCACUGCAAGGCAAGCUCUAUGUUGUGGGUGGUUUCAAUGGAUUCAGCAGGAUGUCCAGCGUUGAAUGUUACGAUCCCAACUUGAACUGCUGGUCGUUCACUGCACCUCUGUUGGAACCCGUGAGCUCAGCAGCUGUUGUCGCCUGUUUGAACAGGCUGUACGUGAUAGGGGGUGCACUUAACAACCAACUGAAUUCAAACAAGGUGCAGUGUUAUGACCCAGUGAAAGAUGACUGGACGUUUACUGCCACAAGUCCAUUUGCUCAGCGUUGCAUCAAUGCAGUCACCAUAAACAAUGUGAUUUAUAUUAUGGGAGGCCUCAUGGAGAAUAUGUACAAAUACGACCCAAUAGACAACUACUGGACGGUGAUGGACAAUACUCCAGGACCUCUGGAGAACUGCGGGCUGACGGUUUGCAAUGGGAUGGUUUACAUCCUCGGUGGCAAAGACAACAUGGCGGAAGGCACAGACAGAGUCUUCUGCAUCGAACCCGCCUCAGGCAAACUAACUCUCGUCUCCAGCAUGCCAAGGUGUGCCAGCUACCACGGGUGUGUCACUAUCCACCAGCGGGUGAAUUAUUUCUCCACUCUCUAGUAUUCUUGCCCUAAUUCUACCCUUUACCGAGGAGGUACCAUCUUUAAUUCACUGGGAUACCGAGGCAAAAGGUUCAGCAACUGGUCCUGCAGGAACAGGAUGAGACCAUUCAGCAUCUUUGAGGUUGUCCUGUUCAUAUAGGUCAAGGCUGGUCUACAGUGCGCCUCCCUCUUUGGUUCUGUAACUCACUGGUAAUCAGAUAAAAGACUGUGAGAGUGAGGGGUACAGCGAAGGAGCUGGGAGAUAAUAGUCUGUUCACUUGUGGGGAGAAGGAAGAUUCCUCCACAGAUUUCAGUUCUCAGGAUGGUGCAGGAUGUACCGACUUCAGAAGCAGAAGCUGGAGUAGGCCAAUCGGCCCCUCAAGCCUGCCCCUUUCUGUGUUUACAAGCUCCUCGAUCAGCCGGAGGAUUCUGGCACUCUGGAGGUUCUCGUUCCCUUGAUUGCCCAUAAAUGGCUCACACCUUCUCACCACCAGCUCCCACAGGAGAUGUCAGACUACCCACUGUAGGAGCAGCAUAACAAGAUCCCACAAGUGCCAACAUGGCAAUGAACUGAUUCUACAUCUUCAUUGCUUUCUCAUUCAGUGAUGCAGGUAGAGGGAUGAAUGUUAUCGCAGUGCAUCGGGGAAGAACAUUCACUUCUUCCUCAAGAUAGCAUCUUGAUCAUCCCACAGAGCAGGGAGUUACGGCGUUGGUUUAAUUUGAAACUUCGAGCCUCUAAAGAGUGGGGCAGAGACUCAGAGGGAUUAGAAACUUUGGACUACACUCUGUGCUUCGGUCCCCCAUGUGAAUUUGACUUUACAAAGCUCUGACUCUGUGGAAGUGAGAGUGGUACCAAUUUAACCAAGUGUCAGAUAAGCCUGGAUCAAAACCCUAUUGACAAUGUAGUUAGUAGUUUAAAUUAAAUGUCUUGUGUUGGUUACUGUGUAUUGCCACUAAAGCUGUGAAAGAAGAUACUAACUGCUGUAAACUGUGAUUUAUUGUUUUUUUCGUAUGUUAAAUAA